AUGGAAUUGACCAAGAUUUGGAGAACAAAUUCAAAUAUCAGAGGCUUUGUAGCUGAGAAAGUGGGAGGAGGCUAUUCAGUAGCCAUUGCAGGUUAUCCUGGAUUUGGCGGAGGCCGAUUAGAGGAAGGAGCCCUAGUAAUAGCAGCAGCAGCUCGCCACCCCCCAAGCCUUAACUUAGGGGACAGUUCUUGUGAUAAGGAGCUUUCUGAUGUACAAUUUGGUCACUGUAACAUUUAUGUACAAUUGCAUGAGCCAAUAAUCCUAGAUGGUUCUUUUAUGGUUGAAGCAGUUGAUGCAUUUGUCUCGUUUUGUAAGCUAAAUUAG